AUGGUGGCGGAACAAGGCACCGGCGGCCCUGUUGAAAGGUCUAGACGCAACCUCUCAACCUCGGCCCCCUGUCCCAGCUCAGAUGGCGAAUCUGUACCUGAAACCGAUGUCCAGAUGCAGCAGCCUGCCCAAGUCGAACAAAAGGCCGCAACACAACCUCAGCCCUCUCAGGAGUCACCGCGCAGAUGCGAUUCUGCUCCCAGAGCAACUUCUCCUAGUGCAGCCCUCUCACCUAGGGAUACCACCUCCCGCACAACCACACCUCAGCCCGACGCCAGCAAGUCUACCAGAAAGUCGAGCCAUUCGCCCACCACCCCAACCUAUCCUAUAGAACCUCCCGUUACUCGCGCUACCCUCAGCGAACUCGACGUUACCAAAAUUAUACACAACCCUAAGCUCCGUCACGACAUCAACUUCGACCCCGAUCUGCAUUUUCGACCGAACCUUGAUGGUGACAAGGGUCGCAAGAAGUCGGACCGCGCAAAUCAGUUCUGGCGCUCUUUGAAGAAAGAGCUAGCCAUGUUUGUCGCCGACCGUCCUACCUUUUACACCACCUACGGACAUGCCGAUGAUUGGACCCUUCCCACCUUGCUCAAAGCUGUCAAGGAGAUUAUCCAGACCCUGGUUCCUCAGCGUGAUCGCCAUUUCCUCGACGAGGGCCUCAAUAUCGAGCUCAUCAUGCAACAGUUUCACAAAGGUGUCGCGGACCUCGAGAAGCUCGCCCAGUGGCUGUCUCAGGUCCUCAAAUCCCACUGCGCUCCCAUGCGCGACGAUUGGGUCGAUGCCAUGUACAAGCAGCUCAGCAACGGCAACAAGAAUUCGGACCUCGAUGAACUUGUCAACGGCAUGCGCAGCCUGCUUAGUGUCCUGGAAGCCAUGAAACUCGACGUCGCCAACCACCAGAUCCGAUGUCUCCGACCCGUCCUCAUCGAAGACACGAUUCACUUCGAGCAAAAGUUCUUCAUAAAGAAAAUGUCCUCUAGGAAGGUCGACAUCACCUCGUCCAAGAAGUGGUACAAGGAAGCCGACGCCCUUUAUGCUGACGACAUGGCCAACCACGCCUUUGCCUUUGGCGACACUGGCGUCUUCUUCCAAGCUCUUACCCGACUGAUCCUGCCCUCAUCUCCGGACAAGCGUCUACCUAGCACCUUCCUCUUCGAUGAGGAGCGUAUUUUCAAGCUUCGCUCGGAUAUGCUCGAUGCCAUUAACCUGCAAGUCUGCAUGACCAUGUAUGAGGAUCUUGACCGCAUCGGCCGCUGGAAUCUCUCGGGUCUCUUUGCUGGUACCCCUAUGAACGAAGAUGCUACUCACAGCCCCACCUCGUCCAGCUCCGAGUUCAACUUUAACACGCCUCUUGAGACCUCUCGACCUUCCAGCAUCAACUUCAGCAACAACGCUUCUCCAACCGCGUCACCUCGCUCUUCUCUGGGUCUCUCCAGCCACGCGGCUCCCGCCUACGUUGCCCCCGAGAACGCUGAAGCCAGGAACAGGACCCGCAACCUCUACAACUCUCUCGUUGCUCUCCUGCAAUCUGCCAGCCCUGCUCAGCCCCAAGCUACUACCGCUCCUGAUCAGCGCCAGACUGCUCGCUGGCGGUCCAUUGCUCCCUCGAUGGCCCUCGAAAUCUUCCGCAACACCAAGGCUCCUGCUAGCAUGCUGAGCACAUUUGAGGACAAAUUGACUGCCAUCGUUUGCGGCAUGCAUUCCUCUCUUUACAAAGAGGUUGAGAAAAAUCUCCACAGCCGUCUGAUGGCUGAGCUUACCAUUCGCGUACGUGAAUACCGUGCGAUUUCUGGUGUUGGCCUCUUCACGGCUGCUACUGCCAGCCGCUCUCAGGCCCGCUCCCACGAUCAGGGCGAAGGUGUAAUGGGGGACAUAGCUGCUCGUGUGGCGCACCUUGGAGUCUUGCACUGGCGUGUCUGGUCGCAAAUGGCCUACGCCGACGAAGACGGCAUGGUGGUGGACUCGCAAACCUAA